ACGCACACGCACACACACCCCUACACACGCAAGACAGGGCUCACUAGCGGCCGUCGGGUGAAUGUUUACCGAACAAGCAUAGAGUGGUGGUGCGGAAAGUGACAGUCACACUGGAGCCUUGGUGUAUGGUGAAACACAGGUGAUUUCUGCUUCCACGGUUGCAUUUUACAGCGGAAUGUUCACUCGAAGGGGGCAUGGGGACGUCAAGAAAUCUACACAGAAAGUUCUGGACCCAAAGAAGGAUGUUUUGACCCGACUGAAGCACCUGCGGGCGCUGAUAGACAUCAUUGACAAGAGUGAACUAAAGGCAUUCUUUGAAAGCAACUGCUCACAGAUUUAUUUUAUCUUCUAUGAAAAUUUCAUUACACUGGAAAACAGCUUAAAACAAAAAGGGAACAAAUCUCAAAGGGAAGAGCUGGACUCUAUCCUCUUUAUUUUUGAAAAAAUUCUUCAACUUCUGCCUGAGAAAAUCUACAACAGAUGGCAAUUUCACAGUAUAGGUUCUAUUCUGAAAAAACUUCUGCACACUGGAAAUUCAUUUAAAAUCCGCUGUGAAGGGAUCCGUCUCUUCCUGCUGUGGCUUCAGGCUCUACGGGACAAUUGCGCCGAGGAGCAGUUCCUUAUCUUUGCCUGUUUGGUUCCGGGAUUCCCUGCUGUUCCCUCCUCCAGAGGACCCUGCACGCUUGACACCAUCAUUAACAACCCAUCUUCUAACACCCUAGAAGCCAAGGUACAGCCUGAGGAGAUCACUCCGUUGGUUCCAGCUGUGUCUGGGGAGAAGGUUGCAGAGGACCUGACUUGUUACUUUCUUGAAACACUGCUCAAGUACAUGGUUAUCCAGGCAUCCAGUUUAGAAUGGAAGAACAAAGAGAAUGAAGACACAGGCUUCAGAUUUCUCUUCAGUCUUUUCAAAAAGUACUACCUUCCACAUCUAUUCCCGUCUUUCACCAAAUUCACAAAUCUUUAUAAGCCUUUGUUAGAACUCCCCCCGCUCAGAGCGAAACCCUUGUAUGUGCCGGUGACGAGGAACAACGAGAGCACCUUCUGCACCAGGGAUCAGUACUUGGCACCCAGGGUAGCCUUCAUCACCUGGUUGGUCACUUUCUUCCUGGAGAAGAAGUACGUCAACAGUGCUGCUGCAGCGCAGAGCGCCAAGAACGGCACUGAGGUCAUCCCCAAACUCAUCCAGACUGUCACUGCAGGCGGUAGCAGCCAGGAGAAGGAGAAAGAUAAGAGUACUGAUGGGGAUACUAGCGGACCACCAGGGGAUACAGAAAAGAGCCACUCUAACAGCAGCACGCUGUCUGAUCGAAGGCCCAGUGAUUCCAGUUUGUGUAGCAUUGAGGAGGAGCACAAGCAUGUCUACGACAUGGUGCACUGCAUUCUGCUGUCCACAAGGGACAAUGUUAAUUUUGUCAAUGAAGUCUUCCACCAGGCCUUCUUGUUGCCGGCUUGUGAAGCCUCAGCAACCAGGAAGGUUAUCAAAGUGUACAGAAAGUGGAUCCUGCAGGAAAAGCCCAUCUUCAUGACCGAGCCUGACCCAACUACCCAGGAAGAUGAAGUGGAUGAAAACUCGGAGCGUGUUCUCAGCACAGAUGCAAGCAUCACGCAUGUAAAAGCAUUUGAGAGUCACGGUCACAAACGCUCGUCAAGCUGGGGAAGGACUUACUCGUUCAGCAGUGCCAUCAAUCGGGGUUUUCUCACAGAGGAGCAGAAUAGAGAUGUUAAAGCUGGCAUGCAGCCUACACUACAGGUUUUCCUUACCAACUCAUCCAAUGUGUUUCUGUUGGAGCCAUGCCAGGACGUUCCGAAACUCCUGGAAAAUCAGGUUGAAGUGUGCAAGAAUGUUCUCAGCAUCUAUCGGCACAUGAUCAUGGAGCACAGCAUGACUACACAGACAUGGGAGCAGAUGCUGCAGGUGCUACUGAAGAUCACAGAGGCAGUAAUGAAGAGGCCACAAGAAAACCAAAGAAAAGACAGCUUUGCUGAAAGUUUAGCAUCCUUACUUUUUAGGACUAUUAUUGUGGCAUGGGUUAGAGCAAACCUCAUCGUAUUUAUAUCUCGGGAGCUGUGGGACGAGCUGCUGGCAGUGCUGUCCUCUCUUACCUGCUGGGAGGAGCUGGUGAUGGAGUGGGCCAGCAUCAUGGACUCGCUGACGGCUGUGCUGGCGCGCUCUGUUUAUGGCCUGGACAUGGCCAAUUUGCCUUUAGACAAACUCAGCGAACAGAAGGAGAAAAAGCAGCGCGGACGUGGAGUAAUCCAGGACUCCCAGAAGGCUGCUGCAGUUGCACGCUCAUUCUCAUUGAGCUGGAGAAACCAUGGAGAGCAGGGUGGGCCGGUAGCCCAGGAACCCAUGAGGAUUCGCUCUGCCACUACCUCAGGAGCCCCUGGUGUGGAGAAAGCCCGGAACAAUGUUCGACAGAAGGCCUCCGAUGUGGAAGAAUGUCAGCUCUCAGAAUGUGGAGGAGAAGAGGAGAUGGGGGGCAGGGAGAGUCCUCUGCAGCGGAGCAGCAGCACCUCAGACAUCACCCAGCAGCUCUCUGACACUUUACCAGCCCAGAAGAGAGACUACUCCCCCACUUCCUGUGGAUCUGAGGGCAGGACUGAGAGCAGUGAGCCGCCAGUGAUAUUGAUCCGACUGAGCAGCAGUCCAGCUGAGACAGAGUCAAGCACUGACGGACCCCCAACCUACACAAGACACAAACUCAGAGAUAAAAGUGAAAGUGUGAGUAGCGAGACAUCCAACGGCUACCUCAAUGAGGCAGAAGUUACGUGGCAAACAUUUGAUGAGGAGGCAGACACUCAGUCCACACAGUCGGCUCACAUGGACGUUACAGCUGACCCCCAGAAUCAAGGGAGUUUGCUGCUCAGCCACAAUGAUGCUCUAGCAGGUCCUGAGUGUGCCCUCCUUCCCCACUCUGCUCCUCCCUACCACCACAAUUACCACUACCCCCAAAAUCCCCCCUCUUCACCAGCCCUGCUGGUGCACACAGAGUGCCCGCGGGACUGUCCCCUGGAUGACACCAUGCAUCAGUCUGUCUUACACAUGCCACACCACUUGGACAGCAGUGAGUGUCUUGCCGAUGAUGUCAGCAUCAUUGCUGGGGGGACGCUGACUGGUUGGCAUCCCGAUUCUGCUUUUGUCCUGUGGAGGAGGAUUUUAGGCAUUUUGGGAGAUGUCAAUAACAUCCGGUGCCCUAAGAUCCAUGCCAAGGUUUUCUCCUAUCUCUAUGAUCUCUGGCACAAGCUGGCCAAGAUCCGGGACAAUCUUGGGAUCAGCGUGGAUAACCAGUCCUCUCCUCCCCAGCCUGUGUUCAUCCCUCCUCUUCGAAUGCUAGCAUCAUGGCUCUUCAGGGCAACCAUGCUCCAAGCAGAAUACAAGGCUGGCAAACUGCAGGCAUACAAGCUGAUCUGUGAGAUGAUGACCAGACACCAAGACGUUCUCCCCAACAGUGACUUCCUGGUGCACUUGUACCAUGUCAUGCACAAGGGCUUCAACAGCCAUGACCAGGACAUUUUGAAUACCAUCGUCCGCUCCUGCUCGCCCCGCUUCUUCUUCCUCGGUCUGCCAGGUUUCACAAUGCUGCUUGGAGAUUUUAUCACAGCUGCUGCCCAUGUUCUUUCUUCUGACUCCAAAGAGGCUCCAAGGAUAGAGGCUCAGACAAUCUUGGGCUCCCUUGUGUGUUUCCCCAACCUGUACCUCCAGAUUCCUGUUCUGCACAGUGUGCCUGGCUCUAAUGACAUCAGAGUAGGCAAUGAGGACGUCAAGAAUUAUCUGGUUAAGAAUCUUCUGGAUGCAGCCACAAAAGAAUAUUGUGAAGGAGCAAGGUGCAUUGCUGUAUGCAGCCUGGGCCUGUGGGUGUGUGAAGAGCUCACCCAAAAGAACAUUCACCACCAGGUUAAAGAUGCCAUCAAUGUUCUGGGAGUAACACUAAAGUUUGGAAACAAAGUAGUGGCCCAAGUCGCCUGUGACAUGUUUCAGCUGCUGAUUUCUCACUGGGAACAUCUCCAGCGGCUGGAUCCAACUCUUCCCAAGAAGAUAAUUGAGAUCUUUGUGGCUACAAUAGCCUUUUUGUUGCCAAGCGCAGAGCACUCAACAGUGGAAGCAGACAAAAAGAUGAUGGUUUCGCUGCUACUUUGCUUGCUGGACUGGUGUAUGGCUGUUCCCCUGAGUCUGCUGCUAGAACCCAUCACCAAGUCGUCUUUGGAGCCCCACUCAGCCAGCAAGGCCCCGCUCCUGGACUACAUCUACAGGGUGCUUCACUGCUGUGUGUCUGGCUCCAACCUGCACACCCAGCAGAGCCACUACCUGCUCAGUCUGUCGGACUUAUCUAACGAAUACGACCUGAUGUUGGGUCAGGUGAAGAGCUUCGAGCCACCACCCUCCCAAAUGACCACAGCAGACUUUGGCAACCUGUUGACAGUAGCUGAGGAGAAGCGCCGUCGAAACAUGGAGCUCAUCCCUUUGACGGCGCGGAUGGUCAUGACUCAUCUGGUGAACCAUCUUGGCCACCAUCCCCUCAGCGGUGGCCCAGCUCUCCUUCACAGCCUUGUGAGCGAAAACCACGAUAACCCGUAUGUGGAGUCGUCCGAGCUGUCCUCUGAGGUCUUUAAAAGCCCCAACCUGCAGCUGUUCGUCUUCAACGACAGCACGCUGGUGUCCUACCUUCAGAUCCCAGCCGAGGCGCCCACCGCAGGUCAACCCCCGCACCCUUCCUCCCAAGUUCGCAUCAUUGUCAGAGACAUUUCAGGAAAGUACUCUUGGGAUGGAACGAUUCUUUACUGCACUGCGCAGGAGGAUCCUGAUGUGGGUGCUUUCCAUCCAGCUGACCCGCCUCUUUCGAAAACCUCCAAUACUCACAGCAGAAACCAGCCAACUUCUCCGCUGAAAGGACAUUACAAAACUCACUGCUCCGUCUCAGACUCGCUCUCUAACUUCUGUGAAGAGGAUGAGGUCGAUGUGCUGGAUAAGCUUUUGGAGGACCUAAGCCACAGCAGCCCAGAAUGCCUUCCUCAGCCACGGCUACAGCUCAAUCAGCCAGCCCCGUUACCUCAUGGUAUGAACUUGGAACAAGAAAACGCUAUACUGGAGGCCAUUCUCCGUCAGACUCAACAGGAGGAGGAGCAAGUCAGGAAGUGGGAUGCCGAUGUGAGCUUUCGGGCUGCCUGCCAGAAGGAACCCUCCCACCAGGAACCAAAAGCUCCUUUUAACUUCUGCAGGCUGCUUCUUAAUGAUCUGGGCAUGAACUCAUGGGAUCGCAGAAAAAGCUUCCACUUGCUGAAGAAAAACUCUAAACUUCUAAGAGAGCUGAAGAACUUGGACUCCAGGCAGUGCCGAGAGACACACAAAAUUGCUGUGUUCUACAUCAGAGAAGGCCAGGAAGACAAGUGCUCCAUCUUGUCGAACUAUGCAGGCAGCCAGGCCUAUGAAGACUUUGUAUCUGGACUGGGAUGGGAGGUGGACCUGGCCACACACUGCGGUUUUAUGGGAGGACUCCAAAGGAAUGGCAGCACAGGUCUAACAGCUCCCUAUUACGCUACCUCCACUGUAGAAGUCAUAUUCCAUGUAUCCACGCGGAUGCCGUCUGAUUCUGAUGACUGUCUCACCAAAAAGCUGCGUCACUUGGGCAACGAUGAGGUGCACAUCGUGUGGUCCGAGCACACCAGGGACUACCGUUGUGGCAUCAUCCCAACUGACUUUGGAGACGUGCUCAUUAUCAUCUACCCAAUGAAGAAUCACAUGUAUUUUAUCCAGAUCAUUAAGAAGCCUCAGGUUCCUUUCUUUGGACCUCUGUUUAAUGGCGCCAUCGUCACCGGGUUGCUGUUGCCAAGUUUGGUACGAGCCACUUGUAUCAAUGCCAGCAGAGCUGUCAAGUCCCGGCUGACUCUCUACCAGAGCUUCUACGAGGAGCGAGCGCUCUACUUGGAGGCCAUUGUUCAGAACCACAGAGAGGUCAUGACCUUUGAAGACUUUGCUUCGCAGGUCUUCUCUCCCUCCCCAUCCUAUUCUGCGAGCGGAACAGGAUCCCUCACUGGCAGCGUGAGCCCUGAAGGUGGAAAUCCGACAGCGGACUCGGCCGAGCAGGUGUCUCCCCCCCUGCCUCGUUCCACCAAACAGAGAGUUUCGGGAAAACUCCGCAGAUCAGCGAGCGCUAUUAGCAAAUCUUCAAACUAAGCUCUUCAACCUGUCCCCCAUCCUCAAGUGUGAAGCCUUGAAUCUGCUGUGGAAGAACCUCAAACACCCUGUCGGGACUGCAAGAUUGUUAUAUUUUUGUUGGGUUUUUUUUAUGUUGUGUCGUAUAAACAUUAAUUUGAGCGUGGUGUCAUUUUUAAUUUAAGUGGCUAUCGAUGAUUUUUGUCUCUACAUUUCAGUUUGCUUUACUGGCUUAAUUGAGACAGGCACGAGACUAAACCAUGUUCAUCAUAGGAAGACUUAAGAGUCUUAAUGCAAUCUGUGAUCCAAGUGUGACUUUUAUUCUAAGACUCUAGAGCUCUCCGAAAGCGCUAGAAAAACUGAUGUUCUUACUAUAGUAAGGAAAUGGGAGACUGCUUCAAGCUGUUUCAUUGUCAGAUAAUUCAACACUUUAUGUAAAGCACUGAAUGACAGUUUGUGCUAAACUUGCACAGGAGAUUGGUGUCCUUAUAGAUAUUUGUCUUUUACCUCUUUUUGCACCCGCCACUGCCUUCCUACACCAGUGAUUCCACAUCAGGUGAGGUCUCAAGCUCAUGUCCUCCUCUGUAGCACCAGUUCAUUCAAUGUUUGUGGAAGACUGAUUGCAUUUUUGGAAACUUUUCCAGGUGGAUAAAUUUGCCAUGCACUACCACACCUGGGCACAUAGUCUCUGUAGUGUCCGAGUUGUUUUAUUUAAUUUUUUCUGUUUGCUUCUUUUUUUUUUUCACCCCAUCGUACAAUCGAUGGCAUCCUUCUAACUUGAAAUGAAAUUUGUUUUUUGUUUUUUUUACCAUUCUCAUUUUCCACAUUAAAUAGAUUCCAAUAGAUUUUGUCACCGUUUGAUUUAUGCAACUCUGCUGGAAUGAGAAAAGACCACGUUUAUAAUCGUUGUAUGAUGUCAUUAACCUAGGCUUAUGUCCGGUAAUUGGAUAAGUUUCCUCCUGUCUCUUUCCUCCGCCAUCAGUUUGCCCUGAUGACACUGACAUUCCAACAUUCCCUACCUACCAGUGUGUUUUGCACUCGCUCAUCACUAGCAUUGAAUGUUCCCCUAUUGUUGAGUUUGUUUGGGAUUCAAGUUGCUUUCCUUUGUAUGUUUUUUUUUCUGCAUUUGCUAAAUUGAAUGAAUUGAUUAAUCAUCUUGUUGUUGUAAUAUGAAUCCUGUGCUGUUUAGAGGAAAAAAACGCCAGACCCUCAGGUGAAACUUUACUCCAUGCACUGGUGUGUGUGUGGGUGUAUAUAUGUGUGAUGUAUGUGACAGUUUAGGGUUUUCAUGUACUCGAGUCUCUUUUAUGAAGCUUCUCAUAAUACCUGUGUAAUAAGAAAUGCCGAUAGAUCUAGAGAUGCACCAACAUGAGCUUUGUGGCUGAUUUUAACACAUCCAGAUUUUCCUUCAUGAUCUAUGAUACAAUAGCCUUCAAAGUAUUUUUUUCUAUUCUCCCGACUUUGACUGGUUGCUGUAAAACAGGUUUGAAGUUUUUUUUUUUGCUUUUUUUUUUUUUUGCUUUUUUUUUAGAAAGGCCAAUUGAUUGCGUUGACAUUUAAAACUGGCUUUUCUGACUUAAAUUAGCAAUUAGCACAGUUGGUACAACUAGCAUUCCUAAAACAACAGACUCCAUGCAUAUUUCAAGAGAAUGUAGAUCCUUAAGUCAGAUUUAACAAUGCAGUCAGCUUAUAAAAUGAGAUGAUAUACAUCUGUCUCUUGAGAAUUGGAUUAUGUUUUACAAAUCUUUUGGAAGGAAAAGCUAAAAAUCAUGGUUUUCUCAUUUUCAUUCAUUUCAAACCGUGUUUUAAAUAGUCGCUCUUUGCUAUGGAAUAAUCCGGUUCAGGUUUGAGCAGUCGUUUAUUAAUAAUGUUUAGACUCAAUGAAAACAGUUAAUUUGCCCUUUAUUUAUCAUCAAUGAGAUGAUUCAAAGUAAAUUCUAGCUUUAGCUUUGCUAGCAGCUAACUACUAGUUCCAUCAUUCCUCUUAAAUCCAUUAUAUUCAGUCUGUCUAUCUGCCACAUAUUUCUACCUAGUACCUGGUUUCUUCACAGCUGGUUUAACCAAAUGUUAUUGGUCACCCUGACAUCUUUAUUAGGCAACUCUUUUAACACAGCAGCUGAAGAACUUCUUCCUUUUUAGCUUCAAAAUUAAAGCUGUAAACAUAUGCAGGGGGGGACUCUGUUUAUUCUUCACCGUGAGAUAUUCUGAUAGCACUGGGAUAAUGCUACUUAGGACUGGCUUCACUGGGAGGGAAAAUAAUGUCAUUUUAAUAUACACAAAAUCUUAAUGCCCUGCUGCAAAUACUUUCCAAGUCACCACAUCCAUGACAGACAGUGGCUGAAAGCUCAAAAGGAUAAAACAAGCAAUGUUUCUAUUUUCCAUUUAGCCUUCCUGUUAUCUGCUGAAAGGUUUGCACUCUCUCUCUCUGCUUAAUAUAGUGGAAAGUCCCUUAUGCCUGUGCCUCCUAUGACUUCAUUACUAAAGCACUUAUCGAGACUGAAAAUGGCAAACUUUGAGUCUUCUUUGUUCAGUAACAGCAUCCACACCAAAGUGUGGUGUUGCUGGAUAUGGCCCACUAGAAAGUAAGGUUAAUUUUGAUGGGCUGCUUCAGCUGGAAACUGCUGGAAAAGCUCAUUUCUUGGUGCUUCUCUAAAUUUAAGGCUUCUUUUUCCACCAUGUUGAACAUUGUCUGAUCAUCUCUUUGGUAUAAUUGAUCCUUCUCCUCCAUCAUCUCUACACAUCCAUGUUUUGUGCCUCUCACAAAAACAACAGAUGGAUUUAGGAUUCUUUUUUUUUUUUCUUAGCGUCUUGCUCCAUCUUCAUCUCAGAAUAGAGUGUAACCAACUCCUGCUCUUUCCCAUGAUCCUCUCUGUCUCCAUGUGUCCUCCUGAGGCCCCGGCUGCUUAGGAGGGGGUUGAGUUUGGGUUUAGGUGGCGUGCCAGAGCUGAACUCUCACCAGACCUCUUAGCAACAGCCAGGCCAGCAGCACUCACAACCUGCAUGCUCAUGGUUGUCAUGGCAGCCAGGUGUCCAACCCCCACCCAUCUUUCCCCUCCACCCUCCAGCACUCACACUGUACACUCACACUUUCUGAGAGCUCCACCCAGGCUGCAACACUAUCCCCAUCUGUUGCACUACUAUGCCUUACUGUCUUUCUCCAAGAUCUCACCUCCUUUUGUUUGUUCAUUCCUACAGCAGAAUAUGAGGAAUCCAAACAUCAGGGGGUCUCGCAGAAAUGUUGUGCUUUUUAUUUGGUUGUCUUUUUGAAGAAUGUAUGAACGUAUAGGCCUGGAUCGCAACUGUGGUUUUUGUUUUUCCCCAAAGUCUCUCGAAGGAAAAACCAGCUAUGUGGAUCUAAAGAUUGUAGCUUGUAGAAUAAUGUGUUUUGAAGGGAUGUUUUACUCCUCUUUUAGUGGCUUAGUCACUGGAGGUGUUCGGACCAAGAUUGUGUGUCUUAUAUUUGUGAAGAAAAUGAGUUAGUUCUUAGACAUGUUAUUUUUCUCUUCUCGUUUUAGAAAUCCUUGUACAUUGUGUCAAUUUCAGGGGCCUCAUUGCCCUCAUAAUAUAAAUAUAUUAAUGCCUGUAAUAUAAUCUUUGUAUAAGAAAGCAAAAAAAGCUUGAAAUUUUCAUCAUUUGUCAACAUAUCAAAACUGUUUUUAAUGACCGAGGUCCUGCUAUCUUUCACUGGAAAUGUGAAAAUUGAAACAUUUCAUUAAAUUGUUUUUAAAAUUCUA